AUGGUUCUCGACAAGAAGUAUUAUGAUCGGAGGGAGUUUGAGGCGACCAAGGUGGAGGAUGUGUUGGGCGGGGAGGAGGCUUGGAGGAAUGUUGAGAGGACGGGUGUGAACUGCGCAAACGACCGCUGCGACGGCAAAGAAGCGUAUUUCAAGCAGAUGCAGACGCGCAGCGCCGACGAGCCGAUGACGAGUAUCUACAAGUGCGUCGAGUGCGGGACGCAGUGGCGGGAGGGUUGA